GACAGAAUGCAUAGAAGAAGAAGUGCAUCUUUUCCUAAACUACUCUCACCAUUUGUGUUCUUCAUCUUCCCUGAAAUUGUUGACCUGUAGAAAAAAAUAUGGCUGAUAGUGCUGUUUCCUUCCUGCUACAGAAGUUGUCACAGAUUCUUGUUGAUGAAGCAAAACUUAUUGCAGGAGUGGAGAACAAAAUCAGAUACCUCACAAAUGAGUUUAAGUUUAUAGAUAUCUUCCUAAAGAGUAGUGAGGGAAAACGCAGCAGCAAGAUAGUUGAAGAAGUGGUAAAGCAGAUCAGAGAUGUUGCCUAUGAAGUUGAGGAUUUGAUGGACAUCUAUGUUGCCAACGCCGCGACACACAGAAGCAGAAACAUGUUGAGCAAAUUACUCUGCUGCAUAAGCCAUGUGAUGAUGCUUCAUGAGGUAGAUUCUGAGAUAGAAAGGAUCAAAGCUACUAUUAAUAGUAUCUAUCAAAACAAGGAUAGAUACAGCAUUGGAGAAGGAGAGUUCAAGUGUAGAGAUGACAAUGAAGAAUUGAUUCGUAGAAGAAGAAGAGAUGUAGAGGAAGAAGAAGUGGUUGGAUUGCUUGACGACUCGAGCUUUGUCCUUAAACAGCUCAUGGAAACAGGUUCAUGCUGCAGUGUUGUUUCUAUAACCGGUAUGGGGGGAUUGGGAAAGACUACACUUGCUAGAAAGAUCUAUAAUAAGAAGGAAGUUGGAGAGGUUUUUCCUUUUCGCGCAUGGGGUUAUGUGUCCAAUGACUAUAGAGUUGAGGAGCUUCUUCUGAGCCUUCUCAAGUGCUUGCUAUCCACCUCUGAAUACAAUGGUUUAUUUGAGAAGAGGCAUGAUUAUGAUGAAGAAGAAAUGAAAGAGAAAGUGAAGGAGAGUUUGAGGGGGAAGAAAUAUCUUGUGGUGCUGGAUGACAUUUGGAAAACACAAGUUUGGGAUGAUUUGCAAGGAGUCUUUCCAAAUGACAACAAUGGCAGCAGAAUACUGAUAACUAGUCGCGAUAGAGACGUGGCUUCCUACGCCGGUACAAUGCCUCCCUGCGAACUUUCCUUCUUGGAUGAAGAAGAAAGUUGGCAGCUCUUUUGUAAGAAGGUGUUUCCGGCGCAGGAUUGCCACUCUAAUCUAAGAGGUUUAGGUAAGGAGUUAGUUGGAAGUUGUAAAGGGUUACCACUUGCAAUCAUAGUGAUGGCAGGACUUGCCAAGAAAGGCAUAUCACAAAGAGAGUGGUUGAAAAUCAAAGGUAAUGUGAAUCAACAUUGUGAUGAUGAAAAUGGGACUAGAGUUGUUGAUAUUCUAAAACUUAGCUAUGAUAGCUUGCCUCAAAGAUUGAAGCCUUGUUUUUUGUAUCUUGGAAUCUUCCCUGAAGACUAUGAGAUUCUUGGCAGAGAACUAAUCAAGCUGUGGAUAGCUGAAGGGUUCAUACAAGUAAAAGAAAUCGGAAACUCAGAUGUGCCAGAACCAGAAGAUAUUGCAGACCACUAUUUAGAUGAGUUGGUGGAUCGUAGCUUGGUACAAGUGGCAAGCAGAAGGAGUGAUGGAGGUGUGAAAACAUGUCGAAUCCACGACCACCUCCGUGACCUCUGCAUAUCAGAGGGAAAGGCUGAUAAGUUCUUGGAGGUUCGCCGAGGAUCAAACAUCCCUCACCCUGCUGGGAUAAGCAAUUCUAGAAAGUUGUCCAUACAUUGCACAACAGAUUUUUCUUGGCAUACAAGAAACACAGGUAAUCAAUCUUGCACUCGUUCUUUGUUUUUCUUUGCUCAUGGAAAGAGGGUCCAGAAUCUUACACUGAAAGAUUUCAAGUUGGCUCGCAUAAUGUAUCUUACAAAUGUAUUAGGAUGGAGAAUAGUUGUUCCAAUACCUAAUGAUUUGAAAACCAUGAUUCAUCUAAGGUACCUGAGAAUAGAUUCCUGGGUUAAAAGCAUCCCAGAUUUUAUAUACAACCUCUAUAACCUGGAAGUAAUAGAGUUAUGGAGUAAAAGCAUACUAAUCUUCUCUAGUAAACUAUGGAAGCUUAAGAGGCUAAGACAUUUGCGCGCGCGGCCAUUUAGACUUGCAUUACAAGGUAUGUCAAGUGAAAAUGGUAAAACAAUGCCGAAUCUGCAAACCCUCUUGCUGAUUCAUAUUGAUCCACAAUUGGAAUCCAUGAUAAGAAAUGGAAGCUUUCCCAACCUGAAGAAACUUGGUUUGGUUCAAUGGGGUGAAGAUAAUGGUGACAGAUAUUCAGUGCGCGAAUUACAAUGCUUGCAAUGCCUAAAGAGUCUUGGCAAACUUAGAAUAUCUGGCACAUCAAAGCUUUCAUCAGAGGCAAGUGUUUUUCCACCAAAUCUUACCAAGGUUACUUUGAAUCGUGUCAGACGAUUCGACUCGAGUUGCAUGAGAGUUCUUGGAAAGCUUCCUAAACUCCAAAUCUUGAAAAUAAGGGGUCCUGAAAUUGUUAGAGGAUCUCAUGACAUUCAUUUUGCCAUUGAAGAGUUCCCAUGCCUUCAAGUUUUUAAGAUGAUUUGGAUGUCUCAUGUGGUAACUUGGACAUUAGACAAAGGAGCAAUGCCUAGUCUUCAAUAUUUGGUCAUAGACUGCUCCUAUUUGAAGCAGCUUCCUCAAGAACUAUGGUCCUUAGCUACUUUACAAAAAGUCCAUGUUAUUCAACCACAUUCUGAAUUGAGAAACAGUCUCCAACAUGUUGUGCUCAACAAUGGCUGUAAACUCAUUUUCUCUUGAAGACAUUCUAGAAAGUACAAACACUUUGCUUUCACUGCUUUUCUCUCAUCUUCUCUGCUUCCAAAUUAUUUUGAUGUUAUGUACAUUGUAUGUUUUUACUUAUUUGUUAUGCUAAGAAGCAAGGAAUUCUAAAAAGAAGAAAGAGCAAGAGCGCGCGUGGGAUCGAAGGUUUUGGAAGUUUUAACAGACGAAGCUCUGUGAUCGAUGAAGGGAUGAAUGACUUAAAUUCAAAGAUCUAUCAUGGGAGGUGUAAUUCUAACUAUGAUCAUCACCAACAUGAAGAAGAAUAUGGUUUUGCAAGCUUUGGAAGGAAACAGAAUGCUUUGGAUGGAAACAAAAGAGAUAACCAAGUUCAUGAAAACAAGGAAUCAAAGCUCCUAGAAGAUAAUUCAAAACUUGGAGAAGAAGAUUAUAUAAAAGAACACCCCUUUAUUAUUGAUCAAGAGAAACUUGCUUCAGCAUCCUUGCUUUCUAUAUAGAGAGAGAUUUAACGUAGUACUUUGAUAGUUUGAUGUAUUGUGAUACUUUGAAUUAUGUUAUAAAAAAUGUGUUGUUUUAACUUUUAA